AUGACGCUGUUUUCAGUAUUGUGCUUUGGGAUUCAGCUACUCGGUAUCUCAAGCGAAUAUUUGUCCAUCAUGAUUUCGGAAGAUGAAGCACCGUAUGAGGAUUUUGUGAAUCACACGCUACACGAAAAAAUAUCAUUAUACUGCAACAACAAACUAUCAUAUUUGAACCCAAUCUCUACUACCGCCUGCAUCGUUGACAAUUGGUCAUACGAUCCAAGAAGGAUGCUGCUGACUUGUGUAUGUCUCGUCCGUAGUUUGACACAAAUUGAUGGCCGUUUGUUACGGAUCGGUCCGAAGUACCUGGCAAUACCUGCAAUUGCUCCAAGUGAAUUUGCAUCGAAUUAUGAAAUUCGCCGGGGAACAUUUGAAUACGCCAUACUAGUUAGGACCAAAUCAAAUGCGGUUGAUUACCUGAGCGAAAUGCUAUCCACGAGAAAAUCUAACGAUGCCCAAUUGACUGGAGUAACAUGCAAACCUUCAGCGCAACAAACUGAACACAUUUGCAGGGCAGCAUAUAAAUAUUCGGACGAAGUUUCGUGGGACUACCCGGAAUACUGGAUCGGUCCGGUUGAAAAUCUCAUAAAACUGUACGACAGAGUAUACAGAAAGAAUGUCGAGUUCAUUGGAAUGUCGUGGCCGGAAGUAUUAGAGGGUAACGCGAAUCAUAUCUAUGCCGACAUUGUUAGAUUAAUCACUAGAGACAACAGCGACAUUUGCGGAACUUACCUACAAUACCUGGCAGACGCAGAAUUGAAGACCAAAACGAAGUGUCGCGUCGAGUUCACCGAACAGGACGAGACAGCUCGAUUGCUACGCCUUGCAAGAUUGAACUUAUUCGCACCUGUCGAGACGGAUGUAAAUGCAUCGUUAGAAGUAGAAGCCUUCAAACUGGCUAACAGGCUGAAGUAUCCUGGCAUAAGCUGCGACACACCGGUGCAAAUUCGAAAGAGUGUCCCAUCAUACGUGCCCACCUACACGGUACCAAGUGGGAAAGGCUUCGAAUUCAUCGUGACCUACGUGAACACAAAGGAACCAAGGUCAAACCUUAACGUUUCACGAAUGCCAUUUGAGUGUGACAAGUUGAAGCAGCACGCACACGGAAUGAUCGAUGAUUGCUACGGUCUCGAGCUAAAGGCAGACUAUGCUACUAUUCGCGUUUUAACGCAUCCGAAGCCGCAAUCCGUCUGGAAAUCGCAACAGGAACUCAUGUUCAUGUUAAACUCAAGAAACCGUGAGAAGUGUGACUUCAAUGUGGAAAACACGGUGUUUCCUAAGUACCCAGGUAUAUAG